AUGAGAUGUUUUCCUUCUAUCCAUUGUAGCUGCAGGAAAGUUAACCAACUGUUAUUUAUUCGGCAUAGACUGUCUCGUACACCUUUCUUGUCACAGAUGCAUGUGUCAAACUUUUCACACGUUUCCCCUUUAUCAGAGUUCAGAGGUCUGGAGUUGCCAACAGGCUCUUUCAGUUUGAGGCAAAUUAAAGCUGCCACGAGAAACUUCGACCCUGAAAACAAGAUUGGGGAAGGUGGAUUUGGUCCGGUUUACAAGGUCAGCCAUGUGGCCAUUGUUUCACUUGGUUUUGCUUUCUGUCCAAAACUCAGUCCUCAUCGAAGUUUGAGGACCUAAUAAUACACGCACGUUGAAAAUUUUCAGGGGAUUCUUCCAGACGGCUCUAUGAUUGCCGUGAAGCAACUUUCGUCCAAGUCAAAGCAAGGAAAUCGGGAGUUUGUGAAUGAGAUAGGCAUGAUAUCGGCCCUACAGCAUCCGAACCUCGUACGACUUUUUGGGUGCUGCAUUGAAGGAAAUCAGUUGCUGCUAAUAUACGAAUACAUGGAGAACAACAGCCUCGCCCGAGCCCUAUUUGGUAACCAUCUUAUGAUUUCGCGUUCCUAGUACUUUGGGGCCGCUACUUUCUGGGAUUUUAUUGGUUAUAUUUAUUAUAUGAAUGACUCGUAGUAAGGCGUGAAUGUAACAGUCACGAUGUUGAUAGGUCCCGAAGGGUUAAGGUUGAAUCUGGAUUGGCAAACGAGGCGUAAAAUUUGUAUUGGAAUAGCAAGGGGCUUGGCCUACCUUCACGAAGAGUCGAGGCUAAAGAUAGUUCAUAGAGACAUCAAAACGACGAAUGUUCUUCUUGACAAAGAUCUGAACGCGAAGAUAUCAGACUUCGGGCUGGCGAAACUCGACGAAGAGGAGAAUACCCAUAUCAGCACCAGGAUAGCAGGAACCAUGUAAGCAAACUGUUUAUUUGAAAUAUUGGAUUUUGGGUAUGUUAUUAGAAUUUGGUUAUUUGCCUUGAAAUUCUUGAUAUAGUUCUUACUUUUAGAAUUAUUUAUUUAUAUUCUAUUAAUCUUCUCGUAAAAUCAUACCCACCAACCCUUGCUUAAUCUGUAUAAAUCAUAUAUAUCCGCUGUCAAGCUCAGAACUAGCUAAUGCUGAUCAUGUGGCUGUUACUUAAAUCUUCUUCUUUGCUUGCAUGGUUUAGACCAUACUUUAAACUUUCGCAAGGUAGAUCAAAGGACUGGAUUACAGGAGACGCCUACGUCAGGUUGAUUAUAUACCCAUCGUAUAUGCCCAGAUUCUGAUUAUAACCAUGUUAAACAAAAUAAAACACGUAAAUGUCAAUGGUGCAUUCGUAGGCACCUUCUGCCUUGUAGGUACUGAAUUGAUGCAGUUAUCCUUUUUCUCACUUUCUAAUUGAGCGUUUGGUCACAAUCUGAAUGGCAAGAUGGUUCAGGGUUUUUUUUUAAAAUCUUCAUUAGUGGUAAGUCAAAGAUCUACUAUGACUUGGACUUUCUAAAUGUGGGCAGAUCUAGACAAUAUGAUGGCUCUCCUGGUCUCCCAUUGGAUUCUCUUUGUGGAUAAUUAAUCUGAAUGCUCUGCGUUUAUUAUCAACCACAUGAUACACAAGAAAAGCACUAAUUUGGUUUGCCACCAUUAUUAUCUCUUAUGCUGACAAGCAUUUCCUUGCCGUCCUUCAGGGGUUAUAUGGCUCCUGAGUAUGCCACGAGGGGUCACCUGACAGAAAAAGCAGAUGUCUACAGCUUUGGCGUCGUCGCAUUGGAGAUUGUCAGCGGAAAGAGUAACGCCAAAUAUCUCCCCAAAGAUGACUACAUCUAUCUUCUCGAUUGGGUACCCAAUCUCCUUGUCCUCUGCUGUACAACGUUGAUUGUUCAAACAUAUUCAAGUUUAAAGGAAAAUCCCUGAAAAAUAAUCAAGAAUGCAACAAUAUUUAAAUUCCAUGCUAAUCUUGUUUGUAUUCCUUUUCUCAGGCCUGUGUGCUCCAGGAGAAGGGCACCCUCCUCGACCUGGUCGAUCCCGCCCUGGGCACCAACUUCUCCAUUGAGGAAGCGCAGCAGAUGCUGAACCUAGGCCUCCUGUGCACCAACCAAUCCCCGACCCUUCGGCCUGCCAUGUCCACUGUCGUCAGCAUGCUCGAGGGCCACACGCCCGUGCCAGUCCCCACCAUGAAGGUCAACCGCACAGAGAGCAUGGAGCUGAGAUUCAGGGCGAUCGAGACGCCCUCUUGGGAUGGUGAUAGCCAGGCCGUGUCCAUGGGCGCACAUAUGGCAAAUUCCUCCUUUUCUAUUCAGAGCAGCAAAGAAGACCUCUUUCGCUCCACCACUUCCCGGCUUCUCGAUGAUUUCGGGUAG